GGUCUAUUCUGCAUGUCCUACGAAUUUCAAUGUGUGUUUCACGGUUUAAUGAUUAUAUUUUAUGUCUAAGCACACAUGACGAUUACUGUCUUAUUUCGAUUACUGUCUGCGUAGAAAAUUGGACACCGUGAUGAGGACUGAAAAAUCUAUUCCAGUUAAUGUUGUCGUUGUUUACUUCGCAUUUGUUUCUUUUUAUGGCCUUCCUGGCCUAGAUUGUUACAGGGUAGGAUUCGACCCACCAGAAAGUUUAAUCGCGAAAAGACCUUCGGAGAAAAUUACAAGUGGUGUCAAAUAUCAGGAUGAUAGCUCGUUUAAAAGGGUGUCAAAGAGAGAAGCAGAUUAUUGCAAGUCAUUAAUUAGAAAUUAUGAAAGUAGAAAAGUUGCCAGCUGCAUUCCUUUUGGUCUAGUAAGUCCAUUUUGCAAUGGAGAGGAAUGCCCAAAUAAGCCAAGCCCACCUGCAGAGUUGCAUGUAUCAGAAUAUUUUUUAAAUGAAACUACAAAGAGACCUCAACUUGCGAUAACAUGGAAAAAGCCUUUAUUUGGCUUGAAUAAUCUUUGUGGUUAUCAAAUAGUAGUUGCUUCGCUGACCAAUGGUUUGCAGACAAUAUGCAUACAAUUGAACUCAAAGGAUCGCGUCUCAUAUGCUUUUGAUAAUGUGCUUUUUGGAGGAAAGUACAACAUAACACUUAUCAGUCUUCCUGCCUUUAAAAGUGUUGGCAAAAGCAGUCUAUACAAAGUAAUACAGAUACCAGAUAAAUGCCAGGUCUUCAAAGAUGCCAAGGAAAAACUACCGUGGGAUUGUAAUCUGCCGUCCUAUCUUAAUACUACCGGUUGUGUUAAUGGGAGUAUCCAAAUUCAGUUUCCAAGAAUCGACAAUGUAGAAAUUUCAGAAUACCAUCUGAUGAUUAUACCUGACAAUAGAAGAAACCCAUCAAUUUACCAGAAGAGUUUCAAUGGGGAGACGGAAAAUGCAACUGUUAGUGAACUUGUUGAGGGCUUCAAGUAUUUUGCAAUGGUCUUCUACACAAAUAGAAAUAAAGAAGAGAGCCAAAGACAUUCUUCAAUCGAUUUCACCUGUCCAGGUGAGCUUCCUCGUGUAAGGGUAACCGAAUGCAAAAAUGGCACUGUUUAUGCUUCUUGGGAAAGGAUUAAGUUUAGGAAGAGUCUUCAGUAUAAUCCGUAUGUCAGAGCAGUCCCUUACAACCUCCAUUGGAGCCGUCUUGUAAAGAUUUUGAGACAGGAGAAAGAUUCUUUCAAAGUAUCAGGGCUGCGGACAGACACAAGCUAUACCUUCGAGGUUCAUGUCAUACUGAGAUUUCGAAAAAAUUCCCUUGCUAUCAUGACUUCGGUGCCAUUUUCUUGCAAAGGGGCACUGAAAAAAACCCAGCAAGGUGGUGGUGGUCAACCUGUGGGAACUUUUGGCAUUUUAGCAAUCGUUUGCGUACUUCUGGUUGUGCUAAUUAUUGCCUGUUUGAUAUGGUUUGCUCGGCGAAAUAGCUGGCGACUGAGGCUGAAGAUUUGUCAAAGAGCUAAACGAAACGUGCUUCUAUCAGAGGCCCAAAGUUCUGGAUCUGAUGAACAAGCUCAGACGGUUUUGCUUGUUUACCCAGAGGGAUGUGAAUGCAUCGAACAAUUUGUCGUCUUGUUAGGGAACUUCAUUCACAACAUAGGAAUAAGGUGCAUUCUCGAUGUUGUCAAGGAGACCGAAGUGGCCAAACAUGGCGGGAGAGAUCUCUUCGUAAUGGAUUACCUAAUAGAGGCAAACUACAUUAUUUUCAUCAAUUACAAAGACACAAAUGAGGUAUCCCAGCAUGCAUUACAAUGCCACGAAAAGACAAUUCACAACUGUAUUUUCGCAAAGGAUAUUGACGGAACCACAGUCAUACCAAUACUCUUUGAAGAGGAUAAAAUGAUUGGAACUUUGAAGCCCCUUUAUUUCAAUGAGAAAAAUGUCAAAGAACAAAUGGAUACAUUAGCAAGAAAACUCUUAAAUGUUCCCACUACCGAAUUUGCCCCAGAGCUGCCGCUGCAAAAUAAAGUCAAACAACAGACCAGUGCUUUGAAGGCAAUCAAUAUGUGUGUCUCUAAUAUCAAGAGAAAGCAGCAUCUAUGCUGCCCGCGGACAAAGUGCUUGCGGGGUAACAAGAAAAACUGACCAAAAAUGGUUAUGGUUCAUCGUUUAGCGGUAAAGAAGCUGGCGGCUGUUUGAGAGAUCUGGGUUGAUGCAUUUUAAGGAGCAAGAAACUCGUUUCUUACAUGUUCGUUUCUUACACGCAAGAAACACGUUGGAACAAAAACAGCAUCGAUUCGUUUCAUAUCUUCGAUAUCGGUGCCUGGUAACAUUUCUAUCAUUGACCGCAACGCAUUAGAGACACUUAAAGGGCUGGUGCUAAAAUUGCCACGCCUAGAGACCAGUUUUAAUACAUGUAGUGUGUAGUUAGAUGUAGGUUUUAAAGAUUAAUAAGAAGCUUACGCCUGACAUCCUCUACACUCUCCGCAUCUUCGUUUCCCGUUUUCUUGUCCAAAGAAUUUAUACUGAGCAUUGUUUGUCCUCAUCUAAACAUCCACAUCUGAUGUUGUGCUAAUUGUUGAAGAGGAAAACGAUAAUGUAGCAAUCUCCAGUCCCUGUUGUUUGUUUAAUUAUAUUAUUUAAUUAUGUCGAAUUGUGUUUAUUUAAGUAAGAAAUUAUGAAGUGCGCUUAGGUUGGAAUGCUGGAUAUGUUUUUCACUUUUCUUGUCGUAGGAUUAAUUGCAGCAAAGCUUAAAUCUCGAGUUACAUGCGCACAUACUUUAAAGUAUUUUGAAUUUCGUGUACGUUUUCAAUCAUAGUUAAAGAGUUCUAUAAGAAACGACACCCGCUUAUUUUCAUUGGCACCAUGAAAUUUGUCAUUUGACCGACGAAGUUUUUUGGCACUGGAUGUAAUUAAAUAAGAAGAACGUAAAGAUUUGCAUUGUACGAUCUUAGAGCUAUUACAACUUAGAUAUAAUGAUCUAGCUGAAAUUAUUGUUUCAAACAUUCUAUGUUCUUAUUUUUGUUAAGUUCGGGUUGACACCCGUCCCUUGAAUACCUAAGCAAAGUCUAGUUGAAUCAUGUUUUUAGACUUUUAGACUGUAUUAUAGGGUUCUCUGUUGUUUAAGUUCUUAUCGUUAAAGUCGUGUGGUAUGUCUUGAAGCCACGAGUUUAUCAUUAUGACAGCGCCCUUUUUAGCGUACUAACUGGGAAGCAAUUGCCCCAGCAGCCAUUGUCAGUGUUUUAAAUAAUAGGCUAUUGUCCUCCUCUUUAUGUAAAAAAAUACUUGCCCUGCAGUUAGUUGCCUUCAGAAUUGGCUAUGCAUUGUGAGAGUUGCUAACGUUGCUUUAAAGAUGCAGUAAAGGUUGUUGUUUAUAUUUAAGAUCAAAGAUCAAUAAAGAUUGAAGUAUCGCCACUGCAAAGUAGUUAUUUGUUUGUAUAUUUAUGUUGCACUUGUCAUGGAAGUAUUUAAAUAUUUGCUGUUUUUAGGUGUAAAAGACCUAUCGGAUGUGAGAUAAAGGAUGUGAAAUUUUAGUCAUAA